UAUAAUAAUUCUUUAAAAAAACUAUUUAAAUUAUUUAGUUCUUGCUUUACUUAUUUUGAUCCAUAUUAAAAAUUGAAUAUCAUUUUCAGUUAAUGUUUCAACAGAGUUUAAAGAAAAUAUGGGCUAAAUAGCUAAUUAUGAAAAGAUACAGGAUCACUCUAGCAUUACUAGAUCAUAUCAGACUAGGUUUGAAUAUAAUUUUAAUGGCUUAAAAAUUACUCAAUUUUUUUAAAAAUAAAAGUGUGAUUUGGAUUGGAUAUUGUGUAAAUUUUAUUAUGCUUGUGUUGUAUUAUUGCCAUAUUCAGGCGAGACCUCUAAUGAUCAAAGGAGAUUCAAUAAAUGUUGAUUACGAUGGGCUCGUUGAUUCAACAUUAAAAGGACAAUAUGAUCAAAGUGAAGUGGAACGAAUAAUUUAUUGUAUAGCUGCUAGCAUAUAUACUCCAUCCUCGAAGCUUCGGCCAAAAAUGGGACAGAUACUUAAAGCCCUUGAAGGAUUAAUACCACAUCAGCAAUUAUGGGCUGUGGAAGAGCACAAGGAGAUAACUGAAGUUAGUAACCAGCUUUGGAGCAAAGCAACGUCAUCACAAGGAACAGAACCAAAGAUUAUGCAGAUUCAGGAGAUGCCUGGGGAAAGUAAUUACUCUACAGAGCACAAGGACAUAACUGAAGUUAGUAACCAGCUUUGGAGCAAAGCAACGUCAUCACAAGGAACAGAACCAAAGAUUAUGCAGAUUCAGGAGAUGCCUGCGGAAAGUAAUUACUCUGCUUUGGAACCGGCUGCUAUGCUAUCUGAGACGUCACUUGAGGCUACAGCUCAAAGUGCAAUCCCUCCUUCAAGGCUCAUGAAGAUUUAUCAUAUUCUUAACAAAAUCGUGACCAGAAUUGAAAAUUCAAAUGUAAGCACCAUUGGAGUUUAUGGAGGAGAAGGAAUUGGAAAAACCACUCUAUUGGAAGCCUUGAAGAUUCAGCCUGCCAUAAGGGAUAUGUUUCAUUUUGUCAUUUGGGUAAGCGUUCCCAAGGUUUGGAAUCUGAGAGAGGUGCAGCUACAUAUUGGAAGACAAUUGCCUUUGCCUGAUAAAAAGAUCAUAAACGCAUGGACGCUUCUGAGUUUUUUAGAAAGCGUGAAGUUUAUUCUAAUCCUAGAUGGUGUUCAUGGGUUUAUGAGCUUGAACAUGGUGGGAAUUCCUGAGCCAACCCCAGAAAAUGGGUCCAAGAUAGUUUUGACAACUAGAUCAGCGGAAGUAUGCGAUAGAAUGUCAGCCGACUUGAAGAUAAAUCUGGAGUAUUUGUUUUGGGAAUUAUUUUGUGAGAAUGUUGGUGAAAUUGUUCAUUCUUUCAAACUUCAACCACUAGCUCCUAAAGUUGUUGACUUAUGCUGUAACCAUUCGCAUGCUAUCUUUCUAAUGUCAAAGGCAUUGAAAGAUGAAUCUGAUGUUAGGGUUUGGAAUAAUGCUGUUGAAAUGUUGAGCAGGCAGCCUGCAUCUCCAGAACAAGAAAUAGAAAAAGUCAUGGUUAAUAUUUUAAAAUUCAGCUAUGAUCGUCUUCCUGAUGAUACAACUAGAAGAUGCUUGAAAAAUUGUGCACUGUUUUUCGAGAAGCAGGAGAUUGCAAGAGAGUCAUUGAUAGACAACUGGAUAUCUGAUGACCUGAUGGAUAUGUAUCAGAAAGGCCAAAAAGUUAUUGAAACUCUUGUCACUGCUGGCCUGUUGGAGAGUUCAGAGGAUGGACAAGUUUUCAAGCUACAUGAGAUAGAUCGCUAUUUAUUACUGGAAUAUGUUUUUCCAUCAAGAUUGUUUCUCAGGAGGAAAGAUAGUAGAUUGACUGGGCUACUGAUGGACGAGAAUUGGGAAAAUUCAGAUGAGAUUUACUUGAUGGAUAACGAGCUAACUGAGCUGUCUGAGAAGCUGAGCUCCCGAGCCCAAGCAUUUUUCCUUCAAAGAAAUCUUAAAUUGAGGAAAAUAUCAAACACAUUUUUUCAAGAUAUGCUUGCUCUACAAAUCCUUAACUUGUCUGUAACUUCUAUUAAAUCUUUGCCGGAUUCUCUUUUUGGAUUGGUCAAUCUCAAAAGGCUCUCUUUGAAUAGAUGUGUUCUGUUGAAAUUACUACCAUCAAGCGUUGGAGAUCUCAGUUGCCUUGAGGUACUUCAUCUUGAAGGUACAGCGAUUGUGGCUCUACCAAGAGAAGUUGAACAUCUAAAGAAUCUCACAUCUUUAAAAGUGUCAUUCCGGGAACCCGUAAGUUUUGAUCAUCCAAGGAAAAUGAUUUCUGAUGGGGUUAUAAAAAAGCUAUCUAAGUUGAAAAAUUUAUGUAUUGAUGUGAGUCCAGAAGAUGGGCGGUGGAAAGCAUCAGUGAUAAGUAUUGUUUUGGAGGUUUGUUCACUGACAACAUUAGAUACACUUCAGUUUUACUUUCCAAAUGUGGAACUAUUGAGCCAAAUUAAUUGGGAUACCACACCAACAUUUCCACCAUUAUCACAUUUCAAAUUUAUUGUUGGUGAUCAUACCAAUCGCAUCAUUUGUUGACUUCCUCAUGAUGUGGACGUUGAGUUAGGGCGAUAUGAUAAAUGCUUAAAGUAUGUCAAUGGUGAAGGUGCACCUGAAGAAAUCAAGAAAGUGCUUAGACACACAUCUGCCUUUUUCUUGGACCGCAAUAUGACUAUUGAAAAGUUAUCAGAAUUUGAGAUUUCAAAUAUGAUGCAAUUAAAAUGUUGUGUAGCAGGA